AUGGAAAGUGGAUAUAGCAAACAAAUUUUCAUCUUCUUUGUUCUUCUUGCAGCCAUUGAUCCCAACAAGAACUCAACCACAGCAACAACAGACCUCAUCCCCAAAGCCACCACCCAAUUCAUCAAAGCCUCAUGCACAGCAACCACCUACCCCAAGCUUUGCUUCACAUCCCUCUCAGCUCAUGCAAACAAGAUCCAAACCAACCCGGAACUCCUAACGAAAACCGCCAUCGAUGUAGCCCUUCUCUCAACCGAAACAACGUCGAGCACGGUAGCGAACCUCCUGAAAAGCAAAGGACAGCUGAGCCGCCGAGAGGUGGGGGCCGUGACCGAUUGCGUGGAGGAGCUGAGGGACUCCAUGGAUAGGCUCAAGAGGUCAGUUAGUGAAAUGAAGAAGCUCAAAGGGGGCGAUGGCUUCGAUUUCGAGAUGACAAUGAGCAACAUUCAGACAUGGAUAAGCGCGGCAUUGACGGAUGAAGAUGCUUGCAUGGAGGGGUUUGGUGGGCGGUCGAUGGAUGGCUAUGUGAAGGCUUUUGUGAAACAGCAUAUUGAGAUGAUUGCGCAUUUGACUAGCAAUGCCUUGGCUUUGGUUAACAAAUUUGCUGAUCUUCAUGGCUAG